UUAUUACAAGUACAAAAUUCAGUUGGAGGGAGAAAUUCAAGCAAAAUGGAUGAGACUGAUAUAUCUGUUCUAAGAUUUGGCAAGAAAAAAGACAAGGAAAAGGAUAAAGAGCCAGCUGACAAUCAAGAAUAUGAUGAAGUCGAUGGAAUGGCAGUUGAAGAAAUCAAAGGUCCAAUUCGAUCAAUUGCAACAAGAGAUGUGAAUUAUAAUACAAACAAUGAAAAUAUUGGAAUUGCCUUGAUCUUUAAUCACAAAGAAAUUCGAAAUCAAGAACCGAGAAAGGGUACCGAACGUGAUCGUGAUCGUGUGAAGAGCAUGCUGAAACAGUAUGGGUUUGAUGUGCGGACUUUUGAUGAUUUGACAUUUGAGAAAUUGAAUGGUCAAUUGAAAGAUGUUGCCAGGGAGGAUCACAGUAAAAAUGAUUGCCUUGUUGUUGUUGUUAUGUCGCAUGGAGUUGAGGGGAAAGUUUACGCUAAGGAUAUGACAUAUCCAGUGGAACGCUUGUGGACACCAUUUUUGGGAGAAAAUUGCAAGUCACUUAUUAAUAAACCCAAGUUAUUCUUCAUUCAGGCCUGUCGUGGAAAUCAGCUAGAAAGACCAGUAACAUACGAAACAGAGAGAGUAACACCAAUGUCACGGUUUGCAUCUGCUCCUGAUGAGAGCCAAAAAAUCACUUAUGCCAUACCCAACACAGCUGAUCUCUUAGUCUUUUAUUCAACUUUUGAAGGUUAUUAUUCCUUCAGAAAUGUUGAAAAUGGAUCAUGGUUUAUUCAGGCUCUCUGUCAAACUUUUGAAGAAGCUUUGAAAAAUAACGACGAAAGAGGCACCGAAUUGUUUCAGCUUUUGACAACUAUCAAUCGAAAAGUAGCCUACGAAUAUCAAUCCAUGACUAGACAAGAAGCUACCAACGAAAUGAAGGAAAUGCCAAACUUUUUAUCAACUUUAACAAAAAUGUUUUAUCUAAGGGUUAAGCGUAAAUGAGGCGCCAAAAAGCUUUGGUGUUUUUUUAAAUUUUAAGGAGAAAUGAAUUAAUUUUAUCAACUUGCAAUAAAUUAAUCAAUUGUGAUGUAUUUUUCAAACAAACGUUGAAAUCAUUUCAUUUCCAGCUGAAUUAUAGAUAAGAGAAAAAAGUUUAAAUAAUCUUUAUCAUUACUCGUCGGUUUAUUUUUUGUUUUUGUUUGUGUUUUAGUCGG